CUCUUUUGGAAACAGAACACUCGUAGUUACAACCUGGGGCCUACGACAAAUAAACCUCACAUGUUGGAUUAGGUUGACCUCGAUAUCGACCUUUGAGGAAGUGGGGAACCCAUUGGGCCUUUUAGCCCAAAUGUUUUUUCUAGUUUUCCAUGGAACUUACCUUACAAGGCAUCGUCCCUUUCAAUCAUGGGUCCAUUUAAUUAAGACAAGCCGCCAUUGAUGGACUUCGAGCAACUUCUCAAUCUCUUCGAUUCAUUCUGGUUCGAGCGUGGAGUCUUCAACAAACAUCCUUUUCUAUCAAACCCACAAAACCUACAACCUCAAAUUCACCAUCCCGAUUCAUUACCCAAGGAAUCAUUCAUCAUCCCACGGCUUCCAACCAGAUCGAUAAGCGAAGAUUUAAGCUCAAAAUUAAGCUUUAUGUCCAGUUCCAAUUCACCCGAUUCAGUUCUCUUUUCUCCAAAGCUUCAAACGAUCUUUUCCAGCAAGGACAUCGCCGGAGCAGAGUCGCCGGAGACAAGCCGUAAGUUGGAAAUUGAGCGGAGGACAAAAACAGAGUACAGGAGGAGGUAUAGAGGAAGAAGAACGAGACGGUCGGAAAGUCGGAGCCUUUCAGAGCUGGAAUUCGAGGAGCUAAAAGGGUUUAUGGAUUUGGGAUUUGUUUUCUCGGAAGAGGAUAAAGGUUCGAGCUUGGCGUCGAUAGUUCCCGGAUUGAACAGGCUAGGGAAAAAGGAAGAGAAAGAAAGUAAAGAAGAAGAAGAAGAAGAAGAAGAAGAAGAAGAAAGAAAAUUGGGUGGUGAAAUUUCGAGGCCUUAUCUUUCAGAAGCUUGGGAAGCUAUGGAGGAAGAAGAAGAAAAAGAGGAGUUGGCGAAGAAACCAUUGAUGAUGAAAUGGAGGUUUCCUUCUAAUCAGAUUGAUAUGAAAGAUAAUCUAAAAUGGUGGGCUCAUGCUGUUGCUUCUACUGUCAGAUGACAUUACUCGAAUGCAAUUGUUCUUCUUUUUGUAAAUUUUGUUUUUUGUUUUGUUUUGUUAGUUUGAAUUGUAAAUUUUUGGAGCUGUUUCUUAAAUUUUGAUCUGAUAUCAAUGUUUGGGAUAUUGAAAGCUAAUGUGUAAAUAUAUAUCCAGAAAUUUCUUGGGAA